AUGCCUUUUGUAAGCGUUAAAGUUGUAUUAAGUGAUAGAAAAGAAAUACUUAACUGGCAAAUAUACCCUGUUAUUGGUAACCCCUCAUUAUAUGAAUUUUUUCGUUUAUUAGCUACUGGAAAAAUUUCUCCAGAAGUUUUUAUUAAUAAUAAUUAUCAUGAUUUUGUAUUGAAAGCGAAAGUGGGGAUUUCAUUAAAGGAUGAAUUUGUUAAUAUUAAUAUUCAAUAUAAUUUGAAUGAGAUUUUACAAAUAUUUGGAAAUUUUGUUUUAUUUGAAUUACUAAUUCCGGAAGAUUAUCAACCACUUAUACAAAAAGAAAAGGAUGUAUUUAAAGAACUUAUAAAUAAUGGUGGAGGUUGGAAUGGAAGAUUGGCUGCAGAAUCUACUGAAAAAUCCUUUAUAAAUGAUUUAUUAAAUGUUAUAUGGUAUAUAGAUACUUGUGGUAUUGAAAAGAUGAAAGUAAGAGCAAUACAUUCUCCUAAAGAAUUUGAGAAAUUUUUUAAUAGAUCAGAUCCAUCAAGUUAUAAAAAUGCUAGGCUGCAAUUUGAUUAUGAUUGUGUGAAUAGAUAUGCAAAUUUGCUUUUUGGAUAUUUGAAUAUGCCAUGGAUAAAAAAUCUCAAUUUACUUGAAAUUUCAGUUAGAUCAUUAGAUGAUUCUAUUAGCGUUAAAGUUUAUAAUGGUAUUAGUUUUUUUUCAAACCCCCAAACUAAAUCCGAUUAUGAUAGUUUAAAUAAUAAACUAUCUACUUUAUCUUAUUGGGAAGCAUUAGAUAUUGAACCAUUUAUAUCUUCGGAACCAAGGUAA